CUUGGGCCGAGUGCGCCGUCGAAUGUGGUUCGAAUAAAUCCUCGAGAGCAACAGUCUCUGGGAAAACGCGUCCGAGUCGUUAAGAAAGUGCGGGUGACUCGACCACCGAUUGGUAGAAAGUGUCAGUGUCAUAAAAAAAAAGGUGUUGAGUGUUCGGGAAAAGUGUCUAAAAGCAAGUUUUCGAAAACUUGAAAAUUCGGAGCUCAUUUUUAAGCCAGAUUUAUUAAAGAAAAAAUAAUAGUGCCAUAUCUAAAAAGAACGUGCUUUCGAAAUGUCUAUGGAUCCAUCAGUUUCCUUCGAGGAUCUGGAGCGUCGUCGACGUCGCACCAGUUCCGCCCGCAAGCAGUCACAAACUCCGCAACCACCCUCGCAUCUGGCCGAUUCGGAGGCCAUGGCCGUGAUCAAUGAGAUUUUUAAUCCCACGCUAAAGCUACCAGAGUCCAGUGGCCAUUACACGCUGCCCGAGGAGAUGACUGCUGACGAUCAGGUGGCGCCGCAUGACCUGGACAUUGCCAAGCUAGCGGAGCUGAAGGAAGUUUUCUCGCUCUUUGACACGGACUGCGAUGGAUUGAUCUCCAAGGAUGAUCUGCGGUUCACCUACACCGCCUUGGGAAAUGAGCCGAAUGAGCAGCUCCUGGAGCAGAUGAUGGAGGAGGCCAAAGAACCCCUGGACUAUGAGGCCUUUGUUCGGUUAAUGAGCCGACGCACCCAAGAACUGGAUCCGGAGGAUGUGCUGCUCGAAGCCUGGAGCAAAUGGGACGAUCACGGCACGGGCAAGAUCGAGGAACGCAAAAUCUACGAGGAGCUAACCAACUAUGGAGACAAAAUGACUCUGAACGAGGCCAAGGAGGCUCUUAGCCAUGCACCGAUGGCCAAGCCCAAGUCCCUGGAGGAGCCGCCCAUGAUCGAUUAUCCGGCCUUUUGUCGCAUGCUAGGCGGAAUGCGCAAGCGAAAGGGGGAAUAACAUUAUAGAUUGAUUUAUAAGGACUUUUAUUUAACAUUUCAAAUGUUUUUAUCUUAUUAUUUGUUAAAAAAGGAAUUUAAAAGGAAUAUUUCAUACUAGAUUGCUGGAUAUAAAAAGGGACAUAAGGCCAGAAAAAAGUUUGCCUAAGCAAGAAAUCAUAAGGGUUCUUCUUACAUCUUGGAUUUUAGAGUUCCUGUAAAAAUAUAAAUGAAUAAAAAUAAUGAAGGCUUAGAGCUGAAAAUUCCUAUAUAUUUAAAUCCCAUUCAUAACUUAUUUUCAUUAAGAAAGAAAAGUUUCAAAUUUAAUUUAAAAUUUCUAUUUCCCGUAGCUCACUUGUAGUAAAUCCCUGCAAUCUACUUAAUUAUUUUUCAAUUACUUGUGGCUCUAAGAACUCGGCCGACCGCAGCUGUUUCGAUGUGACAAUCGAAUUAGCCUUAACGCCAACUUUUGUUCGACUUUUUAUCAAAAUAAAUCGUGAAGAACCAA